UGUAGAGUAAUUUACCAAUUAAUUUUUAAAUAAUGAAUUUUUUUCAUAUAAUUGUAUUUUAUUUUUGUUUUAUUAUAAACUCUGAGUUGGUUUAGGCUCUGAUAUUUUGUUAAAAUGCCAUGUUUUUAGCAUGUACCAUAUUUAACUUUUUAGUUUCCACAAUUCUCCUUGUAAAAUUAUUGUUUUUAUCAGGCUCUGGCUGUAUUUGUUUAAUUAAUUUUCCUCGUGGGAUUUCUAACUUUUAUCGCAUUCCGAAAUCCCUUAAUUUCAUAUCGCACAUUAAUUUUUCACCUUUACCUACCACUAAGACAAAUACUAGACUUUUUGAACGCAGAAAGUACAGGCUGAAGAUAAGGGCUGGGGGUCAGUUUCGCAUAAAGCCUAAGACCAACCACUCAGUGGCUAAGAGGUUUAAGAUAACUGCCACUGGGAAGCUGAUGUACCGUCGUGCUACUACCCAGCACAAACAGCGGCAUAAGAGGAGGGGCGCCAAGGCUCGUCUGCACAGAAAUGGCAUCAUCACUUCUAUUCGUAUGAUCCGUAAAAUUAAGAGCGUUUUGCACAACAGAUAACUUCAAUAUAAUAUUUAUAACGUAC